AUGUAUAAAAAAAUUACCUUGAUUCUUUGGUUAUUGGCAACCGUAAUUCCUUUUGUAACCCUCGCUCAGAAAUCUUGCGAAGAAACCUUUAAUGCGACCGAGUGUAACGUUUGCCAAAAAACGGUAUAUGAUGAUGGCGACUUAUCAUUUUUAACCGGUAUCACCCCUUCAUCUAAAUGUCCAACAAGAAUUAAUUUUGACCACGUUAUUCAUGAAGAGUACGAAAAAGCUGGUUAUGAAUUCUCCGCGUUUAACAUUUCCGACGAUCUCAAACCUUUUAAGUCAGCAAUGGAUAAGUUUUGCGCAAUAGAGUAUACAUGUGAUCCAUCAGAAAUUGAACUACUCUUGAAAAAUCUCAAGACGAAUUGUGCCACUGAAUUGUCGGCUCCUUUUGAUUUAAGCGCUGAUCCCAGAACGCUUGAUUUCAAUUCGUUGAUGGCUUACGGUACAUUUCUCAAUUAUUAUGGUGGUAUUCCAUAUCACGAAGUCUCUUGUCUCAAGAACGAUAAAGGAGAAUUUUGUUUCAUCGAAAUGUUCACUAAAUUGUUUGAAUUCGUCAAUAAAGAAAGUAAUGGAGAUACAAACGUUGCCAUAUCUCUUGAUGGGAAGACCUUAUUCCUACCCGAUGGAUCCACCAAAGAAAUUCCAAAGGAUUGGAAUUGCGGUGAAUGUUGGACUAAAAUUGCAAAGAUUCAAUUGACCUAUAUCGAAGCUCAUCCAAUGGAUGAGCAACUUGAAACCAAUAUUUUCGGCGGUCCUG